AUGCCGGUGCUGCCCUUUCUGCCGGCGUUGGCUUUCGACGAGACUAGCGCCCUGCUAGCAGUGGGCAGCGGUGGCCAAGGCCUACCGACCAUCGAUGUCUACCGAUGUCUUCAUGGAACCUGCUUUGCGAGGGCUUCAGUCCCAGCACCAGAUGAUGGAGCAGAAGACAUGCCAGCAGUACCAACCUGCGGCUUUCUCCGGGGUGGCUUUGCCUUCGUUCUGGCGGCGGUGACGCAGGCCGGCAAUGUCUUCCUCUUCGAUUUGCGGAGGGCCGGGACGCAAGGUCAGCAACGUUAG